CAUUCCUUCUGAAAUGAUUGCUCAACCAGGCCCAGAGAAAGAAAAUGCACGGACUGUGGUCAGAACUGUAACUUUAUCUUCGAGGCAAGGUGAAGAGCCUCGGAUUCGAUUAACACUUUCAGAGAGAUUGGGAAAAAGGAAGUCUCCCAUGGUCACUGAGACUGGAAUUCCAUUAAAGCGCAGCCUUGCUGAUAGACUGGGGAAAAAAAUUGAUUCACUUGAAAGUACAGAAAAAACACAAAAAAGAGUUCCCAGGUUUCUUAAAGAAAGACUGGGAUUAGCAUCUGAGCAAAGCAGUAUGGAAACAGAGUCUGCUGCCAAACCAACUAAUGAAAUCUAUGUUAAAACACUUGAAGAAAUUCGCUUGGAGAAAGCUAGCCAAAAAAAGGGAGAAAUUCACCCCAAACCCAAAGUUGAAGUGGCUUGUAUAACAAAUCCCAAUCCAGUGUCAAAACCUCCUUCAGUAUGGAUCAAAACCUUUUCUGAAGUCUUGGCUGAGAAAAAACAAAGGCAAAUGGAAGAGGAGCGAAUAAAAACUGAAAAAGAGGCUGUUUCCAAACCAAAGCAUGAGUGUGAACCUCAGAAAGAAGGGUUUCUGGGUACAGCUGUAUCUAAAAGAAGAAAAAUGGAAGAGUCUUCUGUCAAAACCAAGGACUUUAUGGAAGUUCACAUCAAAACUCUGGAGGAAAUCAAGCAGGAGAAAGCUCUCCGCAUGCAGCAAGAUUUGGAGAGCACAUCAAAGACCCAGAUACAAUCUGAACGGACUAUAACUGGGAGGAGGAUGUUGUAUGUUACAAAGCUGACAGCUCCUGAAAAGGAAGAAAAAACUCUGGUAUUGAGGUCUUCUCCAAGAAUUUCUGUAGGAAACAUUGCUGCAAAGCCUUUGAAUGAUAGUGUGAGUAAUUCACAUUCUAAAGUCUAUGUGAAGAGCUUAGAAGAAAUAAGGAAGGAGAAGCAACGAUUAAAGCAGCAGCAACAAGAGGAAAAAUCCCAGGAACUACAAGUAACUGUGCCUCUUGCUGGGGAAGAAAUAGCAGAAGGAAAAAUGCCAGAAGUGACCACAAAUUCUGAAUCUUCAGUGACUAUGGGGAAAACACGUCCGCUUUCCAAAAGAUUGUUGAUGAGAUCUCAGGAGGGAACAUCAGAAGACCUGAAACUUUGCCCUCAGGCUGUAGAACCAAGAACGAAGGGUAAAGUUCUCUUUCUAGAAUACUUCCUUGUUUUUAAAUAGAAAAUAUUUCUAAUCUGCAAGUU